AUCUGUGACAACUACUUCAGUAACAGCAACUCAGGCCAUGCCAUCUAUAGCAAAAUCAACCACGACACAAAACACUUCAUUGGAAACAUUUCAGAGUAUACCUGAGGGAACAACAGAAUCACCAAAACGUACGGCAUUUCUAACAGCAUCUACCACAUCAGAAACGGCAUCAUCAAAAACAAAUGAAUGGUAUACAACUUCAAAUCAUUCUGUUGGAUCAACAGAUGAUAACAGUUCCACACCAUCACAUGGUGAAUCAGUGACCAACACAAUAUCGCAAACUACAACAACUUCGGUUGCCACAUUACAGGGUUUAUCAACAAUCUUAACUCCAGGAACACAGUCAGAAACUCCAGCAGGAGCAACACCAUCAGAAACAGCCAAAUCAGCAGCUUCAUUAAUGUCAAAGUCAGCAUUAUCUACAACAGAGCCAUCCACAGGUGGAAAUCAAACCUAUGGCUCAACAACAAGCCGACACACAACACCAACAAACAGUACUCCAGGUUCUAUUACAACAGGAGUGACACACCAAACUGCAGGAUCUGUGGACACACUGGCCAUUACAACUGCCACACAGUCUGGUCCACUCACAACUGAUAUACAUGCAUCUACAACAGCCCUUACAUCAACACAAAUGGCAGCCUCUAUUACAGCAACACCAACUGAGCCUACAGCAUCUACAAAGGAAAGCGUCACCACAACAAGGCAGACAACAUCAGACACAGAAACAGGAUUCACAACACCAACAAAAACCACUGUACCAACAUCAGCGGACCAAGGAAACACAACAUCCCUGACAUCGAACUCAACCCCUACACCAUUUCAAACCACAUCAAAUCAAAGAACCUUAUCAGGAAAAACACCAUCAGGGCAAAGUACAGGUGAUGAAAAAACAAACAUGCAAACAGAAACUUCUAUUUUAAAAUCAACAGAAGAAAGGCAAACAGAUGUCCCAAAACCAACCUUCACAGCAUCAUAUACAAGUGAAGGCAGAACUCUUCAACCACCGGCCACAGCAUCCACAAAUGUGUCACCCACAUCUGUAACAAGACAAGCAACCAAGAAGGAAGGUAGUAGUAUUGACCAGUUUACACAAGAAUUGACAAAUUCUGCAGGAUCUGUGACAACUACUUCAGUAACAGCAACUCAGGCCAUGCCAUCUAUAGCAAAAUCAACCACGACACAAAACACUUCAUUGGAAACAUUUCAGAGUAUACCUGAGGGAACAACAGAAUCACCAAAACGUACGGCAUUUCUAACAGCAUCUACCACAUCAGAAACGGCAUCAUCAAAAACAAAUGAAUGGUAUACAACUUCAAAUCAUUCUGUUGGAUCAACAGAUGAUAACAGUUCCACACCAUCACAUGGUGAAUCAGUGACCAACACAAUAUCGCAAACUACAACAACUUUGGUUGCCACAUUACAGGGUUUAUCAACAAUCUUAACUCCAGGAACACAGUCAGAAACUCCAGCAGGAGCAACACCAUCGGAAACAGCCAAAUCAGCGGCUUCAUCAAUGUCAAAGUCAGCAUUAUCUACAACAGAGCCAUCCACAGGUGGAAAUCAAACCUAUGGCUCAACAACAAGCCGACACACAACACCAACAAACAGUACUCCAGGUUCUAUUACAACAGGAGUGACAAACCAAACUGCAGGAUCUGUGGACACACUGGCCAUUACAACUGCCACACAGUCUGGUCCACUCACAACUGAUAUACAUGCAUCUACAACAGCCCUUACAUCAACACAAAUGGCAGCCUCUAUUACAGCAACACCAACUGAGCCUACAGCAUCUACAAAGGAAAGCGUCACCACAACAAGGCAGACAACAUCAGACACAGAAACAGGAUUCACAACACCAACAAAAACCACUGUACCAACAUCAGCGGACCAAGGAAACACAACAUCCCUGACAUCGAACUCAACCCCUACACCAUUUCAAACCACAUCAAAUCAAAGAACCUUAUCAGGAAAAACACCAUCAGGGCAAAGUACAGGUGAUGAAAAAACAAACAUGCAAACAGAAACUUCUAUUUUAAAAUCAACAGAAGAAAGGCAAACAGAUGUCCCAAAACCAACCUUCACAGCAUCAUAUACAAGUGAAGGCAGAACUCUUCAACCACCGGCCACAGCAUCCACAAAUGUGUCACCCACAUCUGUAACAAGACAAGCAACCAAGAAGGAAGGUAGUAGUAUUGACCAGUUUACACAAGAAUUGACAAAUUCUGCAGGAUCUGUGACAACUACUUCAGUAACAGCAACUCAGGCCAUGCCAUCUAUAGCAAAAUCAACCACGACACAAAACACUUCAUUGGAAACAUUUCAGAGAAUACCUGAGGGAACAACAGAAUCACCAAAACGUACGGCAUUUCUAACAGCAUCUACCACAUCAGAAACGGCAUCAUCAAAAACAAAUGAAUGGUAUACAACUUCAAAUCAUUCUGUUGGAUCAACAGAUGAUAACAGUUCCACACCAUCACAUGGUGAAUCAGUGACCAACACAAUAUCGCAAACUACAACAACUUCGGUUGCCACAUUACAGGGUUUAUCAACAAUCUUAACUCCAGGAACACAGUCAGAAACUCCAGCAGGAGCAACACCAUCGGAAACAGCCAAAUCAGCGGCUUCAUUAAUGUCAAAGUCAGCAUUAUCUACAACAGAGCCAUCCACAGGUGGAAAUCAAACCUAUGGCUCAACAACAAGCCGACACACAACACCAACAAACAGUACUCCAGGUUCUAUUACAACAGGAGUGACACACCAAACUGCAGGAUCUGUGGACACACUGGCCAUUACAACUGCCACACAGUCUGGUCCACUCACAACUGAUAUACAUGCAUCUACAACAGCCCUUACAUCAACACAAAUGGCAGCCUCUAUUACAGCAACACCAACUGAGCCUACAGCAUCUACCACAUCAGAAAAAAUAGAUCUGGUGCAACCAACAUCCAGAGCAUCAACAGUUAGACUCAUUUCAUCUACAAAGGAUUUAUUCACAACAUCAGCACAGACUUCAUCAUACGUGGCUACACCAACAGAAAUAUCUGCAGCUGUAACUACAAAUCCAUCAUUUUCAGAAGAACUUACCAAUUCUGUGACUGCUCACAUAAUCCCCAUGAAUUUGAGAACUGCAACAUCAUCAGUACGUACUCAGAGUGCCUUUAUUGAUCCAUCUUCAAACCUUGCAUCGGUUACAUCUAAGUCAUCCACAACAAUGACACAUUCAACUUCGACUUUGCAUCAGAAUACGAAUGUGGCGGCCACUUCAGUGAGUUUAUCAUCAGAUGGGACACCUUCACAAAGAACAGGAACUGCUACUAACGAAGAUGCAAAUAGCUCUUUCACACCUUCACCAUCACCCGUGACUAGAGUUUUUUCAGGUAAUAUCCCUGCAACAGUGACAUUUAGCUCAUUACCAUCUAUAGUAAUGGUGUCUCAAACCACAGCAGCAAUAGACUCGAGUUCCCCUUUGGCAUCGCCAGUUUCCACAGAGCAAUCAUCAUCAAACCCUGCCCAAGCCAACACAACAGGGCCCCAACUUAACUCUACAUCUUUUCCCUCAUCUAGCGCCAACAUAUUAUUUUUUAAGUACACACCCAAGAUUGCCACUCUUACCCCUCUUGUCUUUGAUUACCCAAUUGUGAACCGGAUCAGCUUUCCUGCUUCAAAUGCUUCAAACCCAGAAGAGCAAUCUCAGAACAACACAAAUCAGGCAGGCAGCACCUAACUCAUAGUCACCUGAUGGUCCCUGCGGAGAGCAACAACACAGAGAAAAAUGUGUCACAGACUGUAAGAAAAUAUGUUGUAUCAAGUGACGUAAAAGAAAAAAAAAAUACUCUGCUCUCAGCUUGUCUCGAUCUCAAAUGUCUGUGACAGUGAAAGACCUGGUUCUGCAAGCUGGAUGUUAUUUUCAUUAGCUCACCUGCCCAUUGAUGUGAAGCAGACUGUUACAUAGAUUAGAUAGGCCGUAGCUCCAAAAGAAACAGCAUACAGCAAGAAAUAACCUGAGUUUCAUCUUUACUAUAUUGGUUGCUGAAACAAUGAUUGUAAAAGUGAGCCAAGCACUGACAUGGUUGUGGUGGUUGUGGUGGUUAAGUCGGGUACACUGCACUCCUCUCUUUGUUUGCAUUCAUGUUUCCCGGCGUGUGAAGAAUCACGAUAAAAAAAAGAAAGAAUGAAAAAGAAUAAGCAUAUAUACAAAUUGUGUAUAGUCUGUGCUUUUUAGUAUGUCAAGUUGUUUUUACAUUGUUUUUUUUUGUAUAAAUACUCAACAGUCUUUAAUCAUAAUUCACUUUAAGGCAUAACUAUGUGCAUUAAAGCAAUAGCACUGGAGCACAGUAUUUACUAUUAGUCAAUUUUAAUAUUAUUUAAAUUAUCAUUAUUAUUAGUCACCAAAAUUCUCUCCUUGAAUCAGACAGCAGGGUUUUGUUGUUUCUCCCUCUUUUCAUCCGGAACACUCAUCAAGUAGCUUUGAAGUUAAUAAGCACACCCGAUAUUCAUCAUAUUACCAACACCUUCAUGGCAUUACAAGACUUGCAAGAUUAUACAAAAGUUAUUCAAACUCUAAAUGAUUAUCAGGUAUCGCAAGAAGUGUGAGAGUUUCAAAAUUAACCCUUUCAUGCAUGAAUUAUGACAACCUCAAUAAGGAUUUUUUUCUUAAGUACUUUUAUUCAUCUUUAGGCAUGAAAAAAACAUUUUUGAACUUCAUUUUUUUAAAGAGUUUAAGUUUAUGUCCACUUAGUGCACAUAAACUUAGUGUAUGUAUACUUGCACAUAAACCACUACAGUGGUUUAUGUGCAAGUAUACCAUCAACACUGACACAAAUACAAGAAAACAGCCUUUGAAUAUCUGUCCACUAAUGUGACCACUAUGCAUGAAAGGGUUAAAGCCCAUAUAUCACCUAUGUAACAUGUGUCCAGCUGCCUCUGUGACACAAAGAGACCUGGUGAUUGGCACAGUCUGGACAUUGCAGUAACAUUUCAAAAAAAGUGUGCUAAAUCUGAAUGAUAAUAGUUUUUCUAUAUCUAAUUAACUAUCCUUUGGCCACCACUUGUUUUGAUGUAUGAGUGCUACUCUGGAAACUGAAUGUCUGUAAGUAUUUUGGACUAUCAAAAAAAAAAUCUAUGAUAUU